UUAAAUAUUCAGCCUUUGAAAAAAAAAAAAACAUAAAAAAAAAAACGCUGCAACACUUUUCGUUGCUUAGUUUUAUUUUGAAAAAUCCUGAUGAAGAGACGUUUCACACUGCGGGUGAUUCUGCGAAGACACAGAGACGCGGAACUCGAACGCAGUCCGUCUCGAUACGACGACUUCCCCCGCGGUCCACAGAGCAGCUGCACCUCGAUCCGACCAGGACCAGGACCAGGACCGGGACCAGGACCAGGACCAGGACCGGGACCGGGACCAGGACCGGGACCAGGACCGGGACCGGGACCAGGACCAGGACAUUUCCGGGACUCACAGUGAACAUGCCGGUGUGUUCUCAGUCCGGAGGGAGAAGAGGUCAGCCCCUAGAAUAAACCAACAAGCCAGGAGAGAAGAACCACUUGCCCUGGACCCUCGGCUCGCCGUGCUCCUCAUCGUCUUCGUCUCUUACAACACUUCUGACGCGUCAGCCGGUCCCGAUGGAAGCGAGAGGAAAGUACGAUUUCGCUGCAACGACAGACGACGAGCUCAGCUUCAGAAAGGGCGACAUACUGAAGAUUUUGAGCCCAGAAAAUGAUUGGUUUAAAGCGGAGAUGAACGGACAUGAAGGAUUCGUACCACAAAACUACCUUGACAUGCAGACUCCAAGAUGGUUCCAGGAGAACGCCAGUCGCAACGCAGCCGAGGAGAUCCUGAGGCACAAGGAUGUCGGAGACUUUGUCAUUCGAGGGUCCCAGAGCUCCCCGGGCGAUUUCUCCAUCUCCGUCAAACAUGAGACCGACGUUCAGCACUUCAAAGUGUUGAAGGACAACAAAGGCCAGUACUUCCUGUGGUCGGAGAAGUUCACCUCCUUGAACAAGCUGGUGGAGUUCUACAAGACCACCUCCAUCUCCAAGACCAGAGAGAUCUACCUCAACGACGGCAGCUCGGCCAGCAGGAACGUCUCCACGGCCCAGUCGGUACGAGACCUUCCGGCUGUCCGGAGCUUCGAUUUGCUGUUGAACAUUGCUCAAGCUGGAUUUCUUCACGUCGCCAGAAGACCAGACCACAGUAGCUUGUUCAGAGAAGUGAAGAGGGGAAGUUUGCCUGAGCAACAUCACUCAGCUGCAGCGUUGGCUGCUACACCGCGCAGAGCGUCAGACCAGCCUCACAGCCAGCUGGCGAAGCGAGUUGGUCUGGAGGAUCGAGCUCACACCAUCGGUCACACAGGAAGAAACAGCCCCGUCAGCGCCUUCCCUCCCCGUCGCACAUCUGAGACCAUGCCUCUGCCUCAGCGGCCGCCCGAGGUGCAGGUGAAGGCUCUGUACAACUUCACCGCCGAGGAAGACGAUGAACUGGGUUUCUGCGCCGGCGACGUCAUCGAGGUGCUGGAUCGCUCGGACGCGUCUUGGUGGAAGGGGAGGCUGCGGGGGAAGAGCGGGCUGUUUCCUGCCAACUACACGACAACACAGCUGUGAGAAAAAACAGCCCCCGGGCGACGCACUUAUAUCUGCCUACACACAUCCACAGACUCGCUCUGCAGGUGCAGCGGCACGGAGUGUGUGUGUUUUAUGAACAUAAACGCUGAGUCAGUCAGUGAAUCAUUCAAUCUCUGCACCGCAUGUCGACAUUUCAUCAACGCGCCGGUGCCCAAAGGACUGAGUCAGUUCAUCAUUUCAGAUUAUAUAUAUAUAUAUAUAUAUUUAUAUAUAUAUAUAUAUAUAUAAAGUGCCGCUCAGUGCUGUGCUUGUUCAGGUUUUAUUGGACAUAGUUAUUCACAAAGGAGCAAAAGGCACAUUGGCAAACAGGAACUGCUACAGACGGCACUGAGAGGAAUGUUUUAUCAUCUGUAUUACAGCGUAUUUAUUUGCUCGUUGGCCAGUCUGCCGAUGGAUCCACCUGUUUCUGCUCAAGCUGUUCGUGUAAGUUGUGUAUGGAAAUAAAUCGGUAGAUUUCCCAAGAAGUCUGAAUGCAGUGCUCACUGAAUUAGUAAUAAAAAAAUGUUUUUAUCACA